UCUCCCUUCUUCUCCAUUGGCAAAAGUUUAAGGUUUUAUUUCUUUAAUCCUCUUUAAAAAGAACAACUCUCCUCUCUUUUCUCUCAUCCAUGAAAUCUUCAUCUCUUUCUCUCUCACUCAUUCACUCACUCACUCACAAACCUAUAUAUCUAUACAUAUAUACAUACAUAUAUAUAUAUAUAGCUAGGACUUAAAAGUAGUUUUUUUUUUUUAUAUAAAUUUUUGAAAAAAUUAAGAUUUGAAUAAAUAUGGGAGUUGUUCAAUCACCAACACCUCCUCAUCUUUAUCCACAAGCAUUACAAUUAAAGCUUUAUCAAGCCUUCAUAUUCUCAAUUCCUAUACUCUUUUCCAUCAUAUUAUUUCUCUUGUUUUAUUUGUUCUAUCUCAAAAGAAGAGCUUCAAAUAAUAUUAUUAAUUCUAAUAAUAUUCCUUCACGUCCAAUAAGAUCACAUCAAACUACUACAACUUAUAUUUCUUCGCCAUGUCAUCGGUUGGAUUUGAAGGUGGAGCUCAAAGAUGAUCUUCCAAUAAUUUUAUUUGAUGAAGAAUUGAAGAAAAAAGAUUCUCUAUGUUGUGUUUGCUUGGGUGAAUAUAUAAUGAAAGAAGAGUUACUCCAAGUCCCAUCAUGCAAGCAUGUUUUUCACAUAGAUUGCAUACAUUUAUGGCUUCACACAAACACAACUUGCCCACUUUGUAGAUCCUCAAUUUUUCCCAAUCCCAAACACAAAAACCCUAAUCCGAUCGCCCCGACAACCUCCUCCACUGUGUCACCACCACCACCACCUCAACUGGCUCCCGAUCGGAGUAGUAGUGCUACUCCUCCACCGCAAGUGAUUCAAGUGUCACUAGAAGUACAACAACAACAACAACAACAACAACAACAAGAGUUAACAACAAUAAGUAAUAGUGCUAUUGUUGAUCAAGAAUCAACAAUACCAAGAAUAAAUAAUAGUAAUAGUAAUAGUAAUAAUAUGGAACGUUAUUUUGAUUCAGGAUCUGUUGUUAUCUUUAUCCAAACACAUGUUAAUUAAUUAUAAUAUGUAAAAGUUAUUAUAUGAUUGGUUUCUAUAACCAUUACAAGCCACAAAAAGUUUUGUAGAUUAAUCAUAGACCCUUGAUUUUUGUAUGUAAAAUUAUUAAAUUGGCCAGAGAUCAAUGAUUUUCUUCUUUGUUU